GCGAGCCAGGUGGUGAAGUCAGCCAUGAAGCCAGCUCCGCCUCGUUGGUGAUGGGUGUGAGUGUGUUGCAACUGGAGAAUCACCCACUUUUUGCCCGAGGCAAUCCACAGGACUGGAGAGUCAUCUGUUUGCUGGCGAAUAUUGGUGGCAUAGGGCACCAGACAGUGCCACCGAAGUACCAUGAGAGAGAAGAUGACCACAGAGGAGGGGGCUGAGGCAGAUCUAGGGGGUUUCUUCCAAGUGCCUCUGGGGCAGCAAGGAAUCAAAAUGGAAGAGCAUAUACCGGCAGGCCUCAAAAGGAGGAAGGCCCCUCAUAAAGCUGGACAAGCUUCCCGUGUUCUUCAUGCCAAGGAAGUGUUGAACUGGAAAGCAUCUCCAUUGGUGAAGGAGGAGCCAGAGAUAUUGACAGUCCAGGGCUUGGAAACCCAGUGCCAAGACACAGAGCAGCCCUUUUACUCUGAAUGGAAGAAGGAGCGGCUGACAGAUCUUGAACCCUGGGGUGACAUGCCUGCUCUUCUGGCCUCCUUUGAGCAUGUGGCGUAUGCCUGUCAGUGGCCACGGGGUGAACUGGUAGCCCGACUCUUGCCAGCCCUGAAUGGGGAUGCCCGAGAGGCCUACCUCAGUUUGGGCACUAACGACAGACAGGAUUACGGGAAAGUGAGGGCUGCCAUCUUGAAGAGGGAACCCUUUGCGAUGGAGAAACGGAGGCAGCACUUCCGACAGUUCCGAUAUCAGGAAGCGAAGGGGCCACGGGACGCGUACAGGAGGCUUCGGGAACUUUGCCAUCACUGGUUGAAUCCUGAGAGCUGGACCAAAGAGCAGAUCCUGGAGUUGCUGAUACUGGAGCAGUUCUUGACCAUCUUGCCCCAGGAGAUCCAGAACCAAGUGUGGGAACGGAUCCCUCAAACCUGUGCCCAGGCCGUGGCCCUAGCUGAGAAUCUUCUGGCCAGCCAGCAGGAGGCUGAGAGACAGGAGCUUCGGCCCUCGGGGGCAGCGAAGGACGUCACUGUGACUCCCCCCACGGCCCAGCUGGUUACAGCAGAUGGUGGGCAAAGGCUUCUCCGCAGGGACGUCAAGCAGACGAGUGGCGGCGAUGCCAGCUCGUUGGGGUCAUCAGACACAGAGGCGACGUGGGACUCGUCUGCGGAUGAAAGAGGCUCUGGUGGGUCUGGGCGGCAAGGCCCGUCCAUGAGGACAGCAGUGCACCAAGUAACACCAUACAGAACACAGGAGCACUUUCCGCAAGAAGAGCAUAGGGGGAAAUGUGUGGAAGCUACGAGACUCCAGCCCCACAGGGGACUCGCCAGCCGGGACUGCGCUUUCCUGUGUGCCCAGUGCGGGAAGGGGUUCCAGUGGCCAUCGGCGCUGGCCGUGCACCAGAGGACCCACACGGGCGAGAAGAGACACCGCUGUGCCGAGUGCGGGAAGCGCUUUGGCCAACGGGGACACUUGACCGUGCACCAGAGAAUCCACUCGGGGGAGAAGCCCUAUGUGUGUCCUCAGUGCGGGAAACAGUUUGUAGACUCUUCCCAUCUCACCAAGCACCAGAGAACCCACUUGGGGGACAAGCCCCACCACUGCGCGGAGUGCGGCCGAAGGUGUGCGAAUAAGCGGUCGCUGGUGCAACACCAGAGGAUUCACAGCAGGGAAAAGGUUUAAGCCCCUCACAGAACACUUUGGGGGGGGGGGGGUUACAGUGACCUGGGAAGAAAAGAGACACUCUCUUCAGGCUUUUAUUUUCCCUCAGGAAAAAGAAACUCGAGCAAGGACCCCGCCUUGUUUGCCUGCAAAGUUGCCUAGCAUGUCCGUGAUAUGAUUAGGUUCCCAACUUCCAGGUGGUGGCUGGAGAGGCACCUGUUAUUACAGAUGAUCUCCAAGCCAUAGGGAUCAAUUUACUUGGACAAAAUGGCCGAUUUGGAAGGCGGGCUCUUGGCAUUGUACCUCACUGAAGUCCCCUUCCUUUUUUUUGUUCUGUCCUCUUCAAGGGCUGAAGUCAAUAGUCCUGGGUGACCCUGAAGCAUCAGCCAACUUAUUGUGCACAACACUGAUUGGUUGAUCCCUCUUAUGAUGUCACUGAGAAAUGACUCCCCAAUUCAGGAGCAAUUCUGCAUUUUUUUUAAAAAAAGAAUCUUUUAAUAAACACUAUAAUGACAAUAAAUAAAUGGAUUGCCAUCAUUUAAAGACAAAA